AUGUAAGAAGAAUCAUAUCACCCAUUUAUCCAAGAUGAUUUUCGGUUUUCAAAUUUACAAUAAAGUCAAGAAGUUCUAAGUUAAUAAUUAGAUGAUAAAAAUAACUAAGAAAAUGAACUUAAUAAUAAUAAUAAUUCAAGAACAUUAUCAAUUUAAACUUAGAAAAUGAGUUAUAAUUUAGAGGACUUAAAAUAUAAAAACUUCCCUAAAUUGAUUGCAAAUAAUUUAGUUAAAUGGAUUAAAAAAAAGAAAGUUAGUAAAAUUCCCGAUGGAAUUGCAAAAUUAAUAAGAUAAAGAUAAGAAUGUUCAUAGCCAAAUUUUAAAAUAAAAGACUUAUAAGAAUUAUGUUUCGAUAAGCCUUCAUAAGAAAUUUUUUAGGAAUUCACAUCAGAUGAACUAUUUUUAAAUUUAAUUCAUAGCAACAAAAUAACAGAUCCAUUUUCAUAUAUUCCAGGAAUAAGUAACUAUUAUUCUGCUUCUUAAGAGCCUGUAAAAAUGAAAAGCAAUUAUUUAACCAGAAAUUAAUAUGUAGAUAAAAAAAGUGAUAGUUGA